AUGGUUGGUUUCUUCAUCGCUGUUAUCAGCUUGUCGACUGCAACAGAUGUGGUACAAGAGAGGCGUUUUUCCAACUCUGAUGUGGAACUGUCAAUGAAAAUAGAUAAAGCAGUGGCGACACGGGACGAGGCCAAGGAAAGUUGUGGGAGCCAAGAAUAUGAAUACUCCAAAGAAACAGGCAGCUGUUACAAAAUAUACAGGGUCCAUGAGAUUUGGUCCGAGGCAAACAAGACCUGUGCUAAUGACGGUGCUUACUUGGUGAUUCUGAAUGACGAACACGAAGCAAAAAUUGUUGUGGAAAUGUUUUCAAAGGAGUCCAGAUUGCCUGCAUCGUGGGUGGGAGUCAGAGAUGAUACAGGAAUGGGUCAAUGGCACAGUGUUCAUGGCGAUCCCAUGGAUAAGAUAUACAAUGUUUGGCAUAAAUAUUCAACGAAUUUGUAUGUUUCGGAAGCCUGUGCUCUCUUAAAUCCCGAAGGGAAAUUGUACGAUUAUUAUUGUAAUUAUUACUAUCAUGCCAUUUGUGAGAAAAAACCUCACGUACUGUAA